AUGGAGAUCGCCAGGGACUACGCGGGGGCCUUCAUCAGGCGAGUGCACCCCGCCACCCCCUGCGCCCGGGGUACCCCGCUCGCCCGUCUCCAUUUCCUCUGCUCCCCGGGUCCUCCUGCGUCCCAAGUCACUCUCUCCCCGUGCGUUCUCUUGAACCCGAGCUCCUCCUCCCUCGCACACCCCAUCCGUUCCCUGCCUCCGCUCCCUCGGCUGGGGUCCCCCUGCAAGUCCAAGCCCCCGGGCCUAGUCCCCACCCUCGCCAGCCAGCGCCCACCCGCCCAGCAGCCCCGAGGUUCCUCCCGCAGAGGGUCGCAGGUGCCGGGCGGGGCGCUCCCGAGGCCCCUGACAUUCAUGGGGUUGCAGACUAAGAAGGCCCUGCUGACACCCCUCAUGCAUCCAGCUCGCCCUUUUCGGGUCUCAAACCAUGACCGAAGCAGCCGGCGUGGGGUGAUGGCCAGCAGCCUGAGGGAGCUUAUCAGCAAGACUCUGGAUGUCCUGGUCAUCACAACUGGCCUGGUCACGCUGGUGCUGGAGGAGGAUGGUACUGUGGUGGACACCGAGGAAUUCUUUCAGACCUUAAGGGACAACACACAUUUCAUGAUCUUGGAAAAGGGACAGAAAUGGACACCGGGCAGUAAGUAUGUCCCAGUCUACAAGCAACCGAAGAAAUCGGGAAUAGCCAAAGUUACCUUCGACCUAUACCGCCUGAAUCCCAAGGACUUUCUCGGCUGCCUCAACGUCAAGGCCACCAUGUAUGAGAUGUACUCAGUGUCCUAUGACAUCCGAUGCACGAGUGUAAAGGCCAUGUUAAGGAGUCUGCUGCGAUUUGCGUCCUACGCCGCCCAGGUGACAGGACAGUUCCUGGUCUACGCAGGCGCGUACAUGCUCCGAGUACUGGGCGAUACAGAAGAGCAGCCAUCUCCCAAGCCGAACACCAAGGGCUGGUUCAUGUAAACAGGUCUCCGCUCCAGAGGCCCAGGUGCAUGCCGUUCAUGUACAGUGACUACCUUUGUUUAUAGGCUGUGGGAUGCCAGGGGAAGGAAGGGGGCUUGGUGGUACACAAUGCGGAGCUCAGGAUUCCUGCAGGACAAAGGGACCACAGAGGGGUCCUUCAAGGGCCUUCAGACGGGACUAACAGCAGAGUGUCUGGGAGCAGCGUGCAUAUGAAUUAG